AUGGCACCUUUAGAUGUCCGAUGUGGCUCACAACAUUUUGGGCGGUAUUGUGAGGUGCCAUGCAGCAGUAGUAACGCCGAAAGCUGCAUGACGAAUUUAUUCUGCCCUCCAGAUCCAGUUGGAUGCAGCUGCGUUGAUGGUUAUGAAGGUCUUGGAUGUUCACAAUCAUGUGGCGCUGGAUGGUAUGGCGCCAGUUGUCAACAAAAGUGCCAUUGCGAUAAUACCUACUGUGAUCGGAAAUAUGGAUGUACUUCUAGCAGUGAUUGCUGGGACGGUUACACAGGACCACAAUGCCAAGUGCUAUCAUCAGACAAAUCCUGUCCAUCUGGUUACUUUGGUGAACUCUGUAACUACCCAUGCCACUGUUUGGCAGGAGCUGAUUGUAAGAGAGAUGAUGGUAGCUGUACAAAUGGAUGCAGUGAUUCAUGGGCAGGCUCAAACUGUAGCAUAGCUCUACCAUACUUAAGUAGGCCCCCAAUCGCUACACCAAAAGCAUGUACUAUAUUGGUUGAUGUUACCUGGACACAAGGUAAAGACUACGGUACAGGGACUAUAACAUCAUGGACCCUUUGGUAUAAGACCGAAAGUAGCAGUCAGUUCACGUCAAUUAAUUCAACCACACCUGACGUCAUCAAAAUUUCUGGUUUGAAACUUUAUGAAAUUGUAACAUAUUACAGUGUACUUUCGCGAUUCGUUGAAGGUGUUAAUACAUCUGGACCGGAAAGUCCACAAGAAACAAUUAAAACCACUUGCUCAGAACCUGCGAUGCCGGCACCACCGACAAGUACUUUUGUUUCUCAGACCUUUGUAGAAGUGCAAUGGAUGCUGGCCGAUGGCCUUGAAGAAAUCCAGUGUUCAGAUGUUCUACUCUACCAAGUUGGUCACCGAAAUGCAACGAUGUCAAGUCGAUUAAUUACGAACACGACACACAACACUGAAAGAAUGAUGAGAAUAUCGGACUUAAAAGAAUGCACCGAAUACGUAGUUGACUUAAGAGUCGUCAAUAACAAAGAAUUUAAAAGUCCAUGGAGCGAAGCUAUUAACAUCAUAACGUUACCAUCAGAGCCACAUUUUGUAUCUACAAAUUCGACAAUUUUGGAAACGUCAUUCACAAUGAAGUGGCAUGCUCCUGCAUCAUGUAACAGUGGAACCGACCUUUUAUAUCACUAUCGCCUCAACUACGUGAAAAGCAAUGACGAGUAUACAAGUGGGAACACAUCAGAUACAGAAGUAGAAAUCACAAUCAGUGAUGCUGUUGAGCCAUUUCCGGGAGUUCCAGAGAUCAUAUCAGCAGAAUAUUUUGGUGGUAGUAUUAAUGUUGAAUGGCACCCGACAGUUCAAUGUCCAGUUAGCUACAGUGUUAUUUUGCAAUGUUGUGAUGAAAAAACCUUCUCCAAAGAUACAAAUGAUACACAAGUUACCUUUACGGUUGAAGAUGGAAUAUCACCAGACAAAAACUACACCGUAAAGGUAGCAGCAAUUACGAUGAAAGGCUUGGGUAAUUAUUCGGCCACUCAAGCCGUGAAAGUGAAUGAAACACAAAUGUAA